CCUGGAAAAUUCGGAAUAUCGUAUGCUUAUCUUGUGGACAUUAAUUCUUGAUUUUGGUGGUUCUGCGAAUGGAAUGUAAAUUUAGUAGCAUAGUGGUUUAAGAUCGGAUUACUUUUAUCUUGCAAAAGUGAAAUGCCGAUUUUCAGAAAAAGACAGUGUGGGCGAGACUAUCCGGCCGACACGGUUAUUCUCCACCAAUUUCCUCGAGGACCGUUUGCCCCGAGUAUGUCCCCCUUCUGUAUCAAGGUUGAAACGUUUCUGAGGAUGGCGAAAAUACCUUACCAGAGCAUUCACAGUUACACAAUGGGGUCAAAAGGGAAGUCUCCAUGGGUCGAGUACAACGGUGAUACACAUGGAGAUAGCGAGUUGAUUAUGCCCUACAUGGUUGAGAAAUGUGGGGUAAACCUCAGUACGGGCCUAACAGAGGAACAGACGGCCAUAGGCCGGGCCUUCCAGACUCUCGUCGAUGAACGCAUGUAUUGGCUAGUUUUGUUAGAAAGAUGGGUGUUCCACAAAUCAGAGAUGUCUGGCACUCUUACCAAACUUCCCGCCAUUUUAAUAUGGCAUAUCAGCCGGAAAACUAAGAAUAUGGCGUAUGCACAGGGCCUUGGCAGACAUACGCAAUCCGAAAUUGAAACAUUGCUUGAGAAAGAUUUGAAAGCAUUAUCGGAUUAUUUAGGUGACAAGAAAUAUUUUCUCGGUGAAGAGCCUAGAGAGGUCGAUUGUGCAGUGUUUGGGCAGCUGUGUCAAGUCCGUUAUCAUGUGCCAAACAGUGUCAAAGCAAGAACAUAUCUACAAGAAUCCCUUCCAAAUCUCACUGCUUAUAUGGACAGAAUUAUUGAGAAAUUUUGGCCAGAUUGGGAGGAAUGUAUGACAAAUGGAUUCACGAAAGAGGCAACAAAAUAGAAUGACACUUAUAUUUGAAUUUUGUAUGCGC